AUGAAAAGAGCGCAACGUCGACCAACCGCCCAGUCGGCGGCCGAGUGGUCAGCGAUCAUGUCGCGUCGCGUGCUGACUAAACGGCAACCGCGCCAACCUCGCCUCCGUCCCCAGGUUGCGGCAGAACCAGUCGCAGCCCCCGAACCCCAGCAACCUGAGCCGGACCCGCAACCGCCUUCUGAUGACGAGAAAUCCCCCGAUUGGCGCCCUUCCCGACCGCCUUCGCCACCACAGCGGCCGGACGACGUUUCCGAAGGCUCAGAAACGCGUCCGAACAUAAGACCUGAUCGACCUGAACCGGCGAGUCGAUACGCCAACCUUAACUACUGGAAAGCACGAAGGGUGACCUUCUAUAGGAAUGGAGACCCUUUCCACCCGGGCGUUGAGUUCCGUUUCAAAUUGGGCAGGGACUUGGUUUCUAUGGAUGCGUUACUGGACAGGUUGUCGGAAAGAUUGGAAUUACCACGUGGCGCGAGAUUCAUCUUCGGAAUGGAUGGCGACAGGAAGUAUAGACUUGAAGAGCUGGAGGAUGGAGCCUCCUAUGUUGUUUCGUCUUACAAGACUUUUAAGGCUGCGAGUUACGGCAAGAAGAACGGUAUGUGGUACGGUGGCGGGACCAUAACCGGGACGAGCGGGUGGUCCCGCGCUGGCACCCGAAAGCAGUCCGUCGCGGAGUCAGACGCACCACCCCCGGGUGGCGGCAAGAACACCAGUGGGCGUGUCAUACGGAUCAUCAACAACAUGGAUCAUUCUAUACAGUGCCGUGUAUUGUUGAACCUACGCACGACUCAACCCUUCGAAGAGGUUUUGGAAGACUUAGGACAAGUCCUAAAAAUGAGUGGUGCAAAAAGAAUGUACACAAUAACUGGACAAGAGGUGCGAAGUUUUUCUCAGUUACGGAAUGAAUUCGCAGAUGUAGAGACGUUUUAUUUGGGCACUGCAAUGGUAGCUCCCGCUUUAAGUCCUGGUAUAAGCGCCCCACUGCCUAUAGAGUCACCAAUAAGAAGAUCACGAUCACGAGGGGCUAUAGCAGCACUGCCAGUAUCGGAGGACACACGGGGUCGCCGAGCGCGUAGCAAAAGCCGGCCCAGAGUCCUCUAUGCUCCAGAGGGGGAAAUUGUUCGUAAUUCAGACUACACACUGUUGGAAGUAUUAAAGGAAGAGCCAAUCCGAGUGACAAUUCGUGGUCUACGGCGCACGUUCUACCCUCCAAUCCACCAUGCCCCUAUUGACAACUCCCCACCGGAUAAGAAAAUGCAGCUAGACUGGGUAUACGGUUACCGCGGCGCGGACUCUCGGCGUAACUUGUGGGUGCUGCCGACCGGAGAGCUGUUGUACUACGUGGCCGCCGUGGCCGUGAUGUACGACCGAGAUGAAGAAUCGCAGAGACAUUACACAGGACACACAGAAGACAUACAGUGCAUGGAGCUGCACCCCUCACGGGAGCUGGUGGCGAGCGGGCAACGUGCGGGACGCGGGCGGCGUGCGCAGGCGCAUGUGCGCAUUUGGAGCACGGACACGCUGCAGACGUUGCACGUGUUCGGGAUGGCGGAGUUCGAGGCGGGCGUGUCUGCCGUGGCUUUCUCGCAGCUUAACGGCGGCAGCUACGUGCUGGCAGUCGACGCUGGCCGUGAAAGUAUCUUAUCAGUUUGGCAGUGGCAGUGGGGACAUCUACUUGGCAAAGUUGCGACGUUACAAGAAGAAUUGACCGGCGCAGCCUUCCAUCCCCUCGACGACAAUCUCCUAAUAACACACGGAAAGGGGCAUCUUGCCUUUUGGAACAGGAGAAAAGACGGGUUUUUCGAACGCACUGACAUUAUUAAACCCCCAGCACGGACUCAAGUAACUGCUUUACAGUUUGAACAAGAUGGUGACGUAGUGACAGCUGAUAGUGAUGGAUUUAUUACAAUUUAUAGCGUUGAUAGCGAUGGGGCAUACUUUGUGCGAAUGGAAUUCGAGGCUCACAUAAAAGCAAUCAGUUCUUUAGUCAUGCUCUCGGAAGGUACUUUAAUAUCUGGUGGUGAAAAAGAUAGAAAAAUUGCAGCUUGGGAUUCCUUGCAAAACUAUAAACGGAUAACGGAAACAAAGUUACCUGAAUCGGCUGGUGGAGUUCGUACUAUUUACCCCCAAAGACCAGGAAGAAAUGAUGGUAAUUUAUACAUCGGAACUACGAAAAACAAUAUUAUGGAAGGAUCUCUGCAACGACGAUUUAACCAAGUUAUAUUCGGCCAUCAUAAGCACUUAAUGGGCAUGGCUGUUCAUCCAGAUGACGAAAUGUUUGCAACAGCUGGUCACGAUAAAAACAUUGCAUUAUGGAAAGGUCACAAACUCAUUUUUGCUACACAGGUAGGCUAUGAAUGUGUAUCGCUAGCGUGGCAUCCUGGCGGUGGAGCAUUGGCUGCCGGAAGUACGGAGGGGCAUUUAGUGAUUUUGAAUGCUGAAGCUGGAGCUCAUGUCGCUACGAUUAGGGUCUGUGGAUCUCCACUGAAUUGCUUACAGUAUAAUUCAGCUGGGGAUGUUCUUGCGAUUGGAUCACAGAAUGGAAGUAUAUAUCUCUUCCGGGUAUCCCGAGAUGGCUUUUCCUAUAAGAAGUCUAACAAAAUUCGAGGUGCACAACCACUCGUUCAACUAGACUGGAGUCUUGAUGGCAUUUACUUGCAAACAGUUACAGCUGAUUACGAUUUAUCAUUCUGGGAUAUAAAGGCACUGUCACCAGAGAAAAGUCCCAUAGCCAUGAAAGAUGUUAAAUGGUUUACAUACAAUUCUACAGUUGGAUUCCUCGUUUCCGGAAUGUGGAACAAUCGUUUCUAUCCUAUGACGUCACUCAUAACGGCAGCUAGUCGUUCAGCUGCACAUGAUCUUGUUAUUAGCGGUGAUUCCGAUGGGUACCUUCGAUUAUUUAGAUAUCCUUGCGCAAGUCCAAAGGCAGAGUACAACGAAGUUAAAGCCUACACAGGAUCUAUUUAUUCAGCUCGUUUUCUAUUUAAUGAUCGUUGUCUUGUCACAUCUGGUGGAUCAGAUGCUGCUCUAAUGCUCUGGGACCUAGUGGAUGAUUAGCAUCAAGCAGCGCAGGGGCUGCGGCCACCAGCCGUGGUAUUGGCACCACCAACACCCUCUCCCCCGCCCCCCGCGCUCGCUUAUUAUCCCACGUUCCGAGUACUCGAAUUUGAUGAACUCGAUUGAAUGGAACCGUAGGAUCGGAGGAUACUGGCUCUACCCAUAUCACGUUAUUAUGACGUUGACAUGGUUUCAGAAGGAAUUAUAAAUAAUUCUUUCGUUGCAGCUCUGA